AUGGAGAACACAGACGAAGACGAUAUUCCCGUUCUAUCGGGAUCAGCGCUGGAUGCGCUGAAAGAGUUUUACGCAGAUCGAGAUGCGCAUCAGCAAAAAUUCGAAGCCUUGAAGCAGCGGGCUGAAGAUCAGGCUGAUGGUGUUCCGUUAACUAUGGAUGCUUUUGCUGAGGAUUGGAAUGAAUCGCAAUUUUGGUAUUCCAAUGAGACAGCUACAAUUCUUGCGCAGGAACUCCUGAGAGAUGCGGUUGCUGAGACGGUUAUUGCUGUUGUCUCGGCUCCGAGUGUUUUUAUCCAGUUGAAGAAUAUUGUUGAAGCGCAUUUGAAGGGGUGUGCUGAUCGUGUUAUUUGCGAUCCGCCUUUUUUGAGCGAGGAGUGCCAAACUAAAGGUAUGUAA